AUAACCGGUGGAGCCUGGACAUCUUUAUUUUAUAUAUAUGUUUAAUAAAUACUCUUUAAAACUGCCUCAGUCACAGCCAACAUGCUCAAUCUUUAAAUUAUUGACUGGGGUUUUGUUUAAAUAUAAUUCUCCUGUCUCGAUAGUUUUAAAGACGACGUUGUUUUAAUUGUGACAUCUUUAAUGCAUCAGCAGCGGUUUCUCCGGUCUGUCCUAUCUGAACCCGGAGGGGGAGGCAGAGGGGGGAGUCAGAGGAGAGGGAAGGAGGGAAAGAAGUUAAGUGUGGAAGUGCAGAGAGGGUGGGCGCGGUGAAAAACUGCGCAUCCUGGACUCCGCAAAGCCCCGCAGCAUCCCGGUGAAACAGCCGCCGGUGAAGAAGGUUCCUCUCUCCUAAAAGUCACUUCGGUGUCUGUUUCGCGGUGUUUUCUAACUUUGCUUGUGCGGGAUGGACCCGUGAUGCGGAGCCACGCAGAGCAGUGAACUUUCCCCGUCUACGUUCCUCAUCCACGCGCAGGGCGCAGACUCUUUCUGGGCAGGACUUACUUUCCCCCAAAAUACGCGCUCCGCUCCGCCGCGCGCCCUCCUGUAGAUGGGAUUUCAUGUUUUUUGAAGGGGAUUUCUGCAUGAUGGUUUUAUUUCUUCCUCGCUGAGAGAAAAAAAAAAAGUUUAAUUUCAACAAACGUGAAGAAGGAAAAAAAAAAAAAAAAACCCCGAGGCUGAGGAGUCGAGAGGAGAUCCGAGCGGACAAAACUCGCCGGGACGAGAAGAGGGGACGCUUGGAGACGUCGGCAAUGGAGACAUCCACAUCGAGAGCCACCGACAAAAAAGACAAAAUGGACGGGAACGGAUUCUCCGACCUCCCAAAGAAACCCUCGCCGUCAGAUAUGAGAGCCCCCCACCACAUCUUCCCCACCUUCCACACACCAAUCCCGAUUGACAUGCGCCAUCACGAGGGGCGAUACCACUACGAGCCUCACGUGCUGCACGCCAUGCACGGCCCCGCAGGUUUGGCCGGCAGCCCCGUCAUCUCCGAUAUCUCCCUGAUACGCCUUUCACCCGCCGCAGUGGCAACCGGUGACUCUCCCUUCAGCCCGCCUCACCCCUACGUCAACCCUCACAUGGAGCACUACCUGCGCUCUGUGCACGGCAGCCCAACGCUGUCCAUGAUCUCGGCAGCCAGAGGACUCAGCCCGGCUGACUUGGCCCACGAGCAUUUAAAAGAACGCGGGCUGUUCGGGCUUCCUCCCCCUCCAGGGGCGAGCCCGGCCGAGUAUUACCACCUGAUGGCCAGCCACCGGAGCCCCUAUGGCGAGCUACUCAUGCAGGGGGCCGGGGCCACUGCUGGGACUCACCUGUCCGACUACAUCGCCCCCAUUGAUGUGUCGCGGUUCCCCAGCCCCAGACUGACGCCCAGGCUGAGCAGGAAGAGGGCUCUGUCCAUCUCGCCGCUGUCGGACGCCAGCAUCGACCUGCAGACGAUGAUCCGCACCUCGCCCAACUCGCUGGUCGCCUACAUCAACAACUCGCGCUCCAGCUCGGCUGCCAGCAGCUCCUACGGACACCUGUCGGUCGGAGGGCUCAGCCCGUCCUUCCCCUUCCCUCAUCCCAUCAACCCCAUGGCCUACCAGCAGCUCCUGUCCCAGCAGCGGGGGCUCAGCGCCUUCGGCCACACUCCGCCUCUCAUCCAACCUCCGCCCACCUUCUCCAGUCGCCAGCCGGGCCUGGGCCUCUCCUCCCUGCCCGCCUCCGCCCACAACAGCGACCUGCCGUCCAAGAACCUCAGUGGAGACUCAGCAGUCAGCAGCACAGUUGACCCCAUGAUCACCAAAAGGUCAAAGGUCAAGACUGAAGCAGAGGGGUUGAGGCCGCUGUCUCCUUGUUCACCGGGUCUUUUGAUCUGGGCUUCACAGAACCAUCACGGCAGCUUGUCGGACCUGAAGGACGACGUGGAUCGGGACGAAUGUAAGCAGGAGCCCGAGGCCGUUUACGAGACCAACUGCCACUGGGAGGGCUGCAGCAAGGAGUACGACACACAAGACCAGCUGGUCCAUCACAUCAAUAAUGACCACAUCCACGGAGAGAAGAAGGAGUUUGUGUGCCGCUGGGAGGACUGUUCGCGGGAGCAGAAGCCCUUCAAAGCUCAGUACAUGCUGGUGGUUCACAUGCGCCGACACACAGGGGAGAAACCACACAAGUGCACGUUCGAGGGCUGCUCUAAGGCCUACUCCCGUCUGGAGAAUCUCAAAACUCAUCUGCGCUCGCACACCGGCGAGAAACCGUACGUCUGCGAGCACGAAGGAUGCAACAAGGCCUUCUCCAACGCCUCGGACCGAGCCAAACACCAGAACCGGACACACUCCAACGAGAAACCCUAUGUAUGUAAGAUCCCCGGCUGUACCAAGCGCUACACAGAUCCCAGCUCUCUCAGGAAGCAUGUAAAGACAGUCCACGGCCCGGAUGCCCACGUCACCAAGAAACAGCGCAGCGACCUGCCACCGAGGCCCCCGGGGCCCAGGGAGAACGGCGAGAACGAGACGGGUAACGGAGAGAGAAUCCAGAGGGAGGACAAGAUAUCAGACAGCAGCUCCCCCAGAGGCAUAGAGGACUACCUGCACGUCAAAUCCAUCAAGACUGAAAGCUCUGUGAUGUAUCAGUCCAGCCCUGGCGGUCAGUCAUCAUGUAGCAGCGAGCCAUCACCACUUGGCAGUGCCACCAACAAUGACAGUGGAGUAGAAAUGGCGGCGCACAGCGGGGGAAGCCUGGGGGACCUCACCACCCUGGACGACCUGCCCUUUGUGGAGUCCUUGGGCUGUGAAGAUUCCACCGGCGGGGUCGCGGUGGCCGGUCUCUACUUCCGAAAGCAGCUCGGCACCAGCCAGCGCCUGGAGCAUCUGAAGAAGGAGAAGCUGAAGACAGUGAGGGACUCGUGUCGGUGGGCAAGCAACCCAACACCCCUGGUCACCGGCACCAAGCUCCCACCCAUACCAGCAAGCGGGUCCCUCCUGGAGAGUCCAAGUAUGGGUGGUUGUCCGGAGUCCUUCCCUGGUUCCGGCUUGGGUGAUCUGAGUUCUGGUAAAAUGACUCUGUUGGACCUUUCAGAGCGCCGUGACAGCACCACCAGUACCCUGAGCUCAGUUUACACCCUCAGCCGCCGCUCCUCAGGCAUCUCCCCUUGCUACUCUAGUCGGCGCUCAAGCCAGGCCUCGCAGUUUGGAGUCAACCGCCCCAGCAACCUUAGCUCUGCCGACUCUUACGACCCCAUCUCUGCCGACAUCUCACGGCGCUCCAGUGAGGCCAGCCAGUGUGGGGGAAGCAGUGGAGGAUUAGGAGGGUGUGGCAGAGGGUGCUUACCCAGCCCUCUCAGCCUGACCCCAGCCCAGCACUACCACCUCAAGGCGAAAUACGCUGCUGCCACCGGAGGUGCACCACCUACGCCUCUUCCAUACAUGGACCGAAUGUGUCUGAAGACCCACACAGCCCUGUAUGGGGACUCCCAGGAAUCCUCCACCACCAACAAAGGCCUGCUCUCCAGGCAGUACAGCAGCUACACCACGCGGAGCAUGAUGCCCCAUGAGGUCCCGUCUAACAUCCCCCGCCGAGCCAGUGACCCUGUGAGACGCGUGGCCACAGAUUAUGUCAGCCAGCCACAAAUGCAACGCUACAAUAGCAUGGGCGUACUGAGCGGAGGGGUGACCAUGCAGCCCCAUCCGCCUCCAGCAGCGGAUCGCCAGCUUUUAUCCCAGCAAGGGGGCCUGGAUGGCAGUCUCCACCGCUACCCUUACAGCCUGCGACAGCCCAGCAUUUCGGAGAACGUCACCAUGGAGAUGAUAACACGUGACAUCCCUGAGGAAGACCUGAUGCUGUCUGACCUCGGCACUGAGAACCAAGACACAGCCAACAGAGUGUCAAGUAAUCAGCAAGAUUUCCAAGGAAACCCUGACUUCCAGCAGCAGUCGUACUAUCAGAGAAGGAUGGCCGUCAUGAAUACCAACAUGAACCAGCCCAAUCAGGUUUUAGCCACCGCCAACAUGAGUCCAGGGCAGCAACGACAGAUGUGUCCAUCUUCACCGCGGGAAAGUAAGGCCAAAUCACUUGCUCAGUGGAACAAAGUUUCUUCGAGACCUUUGGAUGCCGGCCAGCACUUCUCCAAACCACAGGUCCGAGGGAACCUGGCUGUCCUCCAGCAAAACCAGAACUUUGGAUCAUUUCACAACAAUCUCAGCUCCAACCAACAGAUGAUUCAAAACUUCAUUAAGACAACGCAGCAGAGAUGCAAACAGCUGAACACUGAACCAGGAGCAAACUGCUUCCAGCAGCAGAGAUUCCAGCAGUCGUCAAAUCUCACUGGAGCAAUUAGCUCUCAGUACAGGUUUAACAAAGGCAUCAGUCCUUAUGAUAAGAAUGGUAACACCACGUAUCCACCAUGUAAUAACACAACAGCAGUCAAUGGGAGCAUGCUAAGCCCCACAUGCAAACAGGAGCCAGUUGACUUAGACACUGUUGACAUGCUCUUUGCUGAUGCUGGAUUUCAGCCUGUGGAGGUUAAAAUUGAGGACUGUGAUGGAUCAAUCAUGAUUUCAGAUCAGCAGAACUGUAACAUGACCUCCCAGAAUCCCUUGCAAACUGGGAAUCCGAGCCAUCUCCAGCCAAGGCCACCGACAGAACCUAAAUCUAUAAAAAGGCACCUUCCCGGGCCAAAGGUGAUGCAGCAAACAAGGCACCCAAGUAAUGCUAACCAGGAUGAUGCUUCCAAAUUACCCAGCAGUGGAGUUCUAGGACUUAACUGCAGUAGCAACUCUGAUGACCAUGCCAUGUACUACACGGGGCAGAUUCAAGUAUUUGAGCCUAACGGGAACUUGGGCCAUCAUGUUUCUCCUGUGGUGAAUGUACCUCCUUUUGAAAAUGAUGCAGUGUCUUCCAGUUCAGGAAACAACCAGGCGUCAAGAACUGUAGACUGUAAUGCAGCACUGGAGCAGGCGCAGAUAGACUUUGAUAGCAUGCUGGACGAUGGGGAUCACUCCAGCCUCAUGUCAGGAACCUUGAGUCCAGGUCUGCUCCAGAGCUUGUCCCAGAGUUCAUCUCGCCUAACGACGCCCAGAAACUCGGUCACGUUGCCCUCUGUGCCGAUAGCAACGGGCAACAUGGCCAUUGGGGACAUGAGCUCGUUGCUGACUGCUCUGGCGGAAGAGAACAAGUUCCUCAACUUGAUGUCUUAACCACAUGUCGUAGUAAACUGUUUCCCCCGACAGAAACGUUUUUGCAGAAUCUUUGGACACCUGAUGCACAAUAAACAUUCAACCAACUUAAAAACUGACGUGAUUGUGUGCCAAAAAGCUUCUGCAGUGUGUGACUCAUUUUCUUGUACAGUCUCAUUUGUUAAUUAUUUAAAAUGGCAAUUUUCUAUCUUUUUGAAAAGCCGUAUUUCUGUUUUUUCGCCUUAGCUAGUAAAUAUGAUGUAAACAACAGAGUUAUUUCAGUUGUUGUACAGGACUGCAUUGAGAUCAGUUUACUAAGUGCCUGGCUCAGCCAAAACAUGUGCACAACAUGCAUAUGUUUACAUUUAAAAAGGUGCAAAUGCAACCAGGUAAUUAUCUGAUACCUACAUACUUGGAAUGUACCAUCACCACCAACUUGUUUUACACUGUAAUUUACUUGAGCUGAACUUUAUUCUAUAUCAAGUUGCUCAUUUCUGCUUGAGGAGCAAACUGAUUAUAACCUUUUCUCCCCCUCCGUCAUCACAACAUUUCAAGUUUACAGUCACUGUCCUUGGUGAGCCAUUAUUUGAUUGCUGCAUUACUGUUGAGAUUAACUUCGACAUCUCAAUGUCAGGCAUCAGAGACUUGAUUUGUGCCGGAAUUAUCAACCCAUGCAUAAAUUGGUUGUGCUCUUGCAGCGAGACGAGCAUAAGACAUCGGAAGAGAGAAUCAGACUUUUUUCUUUCGUACAUUGUUGUACCAGUUUGUUGUGCUGGCUAAAUGUAAAUAUCAUUUGUACAUUUUUAAGAAAUACAAUAUUGACAUUGAUUUUUUUA